UGUGAUUGCUAUAUUUUGCUACUGUAAUGGUCAAUGAAAGACAACAGCUUACAACUUUAAACUGAAAAUAAUAAAUUGCGAAUAAUUUAAUUUCUAAUAGUUCUCACCUCUUGUUAUUGCUCGAACAGCUCUCUCUUGAAGUUCACUUUUAAAUUUCUUAUGACCAAAACAUUGAAAUAGCUUCUCCAGUACAUUAUCCAUUUUGCUGCGGUUGAUUCAGAAUGAGUAAACGGAAAACCCCUUCGGAAACAGACAAUUUAAAUAACGACUUUUGUGAAUUCCUAAUGGAAUUAGCCGAUUAUGAGAAGAACAUUAAUCGAAAUGUACAUAAAUAUAAUGCCUAUAGAAAAGCUGCAAGUGUCCUUGCUGCUCAUACAACUAGAAUUAAAUCUGGAGAUGAAGCUAGAAAACUAAACGGAAUCGGUGAAAAAUUUUCGAAAAAAAUUGAUGAGUAUUUGCAAACCGGUAAAGUGAAGAAACUUGAGAACAUACAUUACGAUGAACACGCGCAGGCUAUAAGUCUGCUAACUCGUGUGUCUGGAAUCGGACCUGUUAAAGCGGCAGAUUUAGUGAAAAGUGGUGUUAAAACAAUUGACGAUUUGAACAAAAAUAAACACAAAUUGACUCAUCAUCAAUUAAUUGGCUUAAAGUACUUUGAAGACUUUGAGAAAAAGAUUCCAAGAUCUGAAAUUCAAGGGGUUGAAGCAAAAAUGAAACAAAUCAUAAUAAAUGAACUACACACUGAUUUUAUAAUAACAAUUUGCGGCAGUUACAGGCGGGGUAAAAAAGAAAGUGGUGAUAUUGAUGUGCUUAUUACACAUCCGUCUCUCAAAGCUAACGAUAAAAAUAAUGAUGCGGGAGCGCGAACGGUACUGCACAAGGUUGUCAAUUUACUUCAGACCCAUGAACUCAUUACUGAUAUUAUUUCUGUCGGAGACACUAAGUUUAUGGGCGUGUGCAGACUAUCCUCGGAGCAUCCGUCAAGACGUUUAGAUAUAAGGCUCCUUACACAAGAACACUACUACUGUGCCGUUCUAUACUUUACUGGAAGCGACGUUUUUAAUAAGGAGAUGCGGGCCCACGCGUUGGAGAAGGGUUUUACACUUAAUGAGUAUUCUUUGAGACCUAUCGGUGUUACGGGUGUUCCAGGGGAGCCUGUGGAAAUAUUAUCAGAAGAAGACAUAUUUGACUACAUCGACUAUCCGUACAAAAACCCAGAAGAACGAAAUAUUUAAUAAAACAAAAUAAACAAUUUUGAGCAUUUGAUUAUUAAAAAUAUAAUAUCUAGGCAUAUUUUA